GAAUGAAGCGAUCCAAUGCAUAAUUAGACAUAUCGGUUCAAGCUUCAGGUCGCUUAAUAACGAAAAAGGACCCCUAAAUGGGACAUCGCAUGCCUGCCAAAGACGCCAACGUUGCACGUGCAAUGCACGCUUAACUCCUCUCCCCUUCUUCAACUACACUGCCAAUUGCCCCUGUGAUGUGACUCGUAAUUCAUAACCAACAGCAGGUCAACCCAAUGUCUAGCUCUACACAAUUCUCUCCAGUUAUUCAACAAUUAUAUCCCAAGAAAUCAAACCAAUCCUACAUAUCAAACUUCAAAUGUCUAAAAUUAAUGCAUGUCUUCCCAAUAUCUGUAAAUUGUUCAAAAAUUCAUUUAAAAUUCAGAGCUAGAGCUGAGGUUUUGGAAAAUAACCGUGAAGAAAGUUCUGUACAAGAUCUUGAUAAUUCACCAGCUUCAGUUGAGCUACAACCUAUUUCUAGUGAAGCUCAAUUUGAUCGGGUCAUUUCUGAAGCCCAGCAAAUUGAUGAAUCCGUUGUAAUUCUAUGGAUGGCAACCUGGUGUCGCAAAUGCAUAUACUUGAAACCAAAAUUGGAAAAAUUAGCUGCUGACUACUUCCCAAGAACACGCUUUUACUGUGUUGAUGUCAAUAAUGUUCCACACAAGCUUGUGGUUCGUGCAGGAAUAACUAAAAUGCCGACCAUACAGUUAUGGAGGGACGGAAAUAAACAAGCGGAAGUAAUUGGAGGCCACAAAGCAUAUUUAGUCGUUACUGAGGUUCGCGAUAUGAUAGAAAAUGAAGAAAAUAAUUUAUAACUUGAAGGCAUAUCCAAAACUUGCAGAAUUCAUGUAUCCUGUUUUGUUCUGAUCUCAUAUUAUUCCCAGUUCUGUACAAAUUUUCAAGAUGCCAUUCAAUAAAUUGUUAUUCUUCACAUGUACUUUUGAAAGGAUAACCAUACACAGAUACUGACUUUUUGUCUCAACAUUAUAGCAAAGGUGUUUAUUUUUUUUUUUUCCAUGUAUCCUGUACAUUUCUUGACAUGAAUUGUUAAUAAGGAUUCAUAUUGCUUACUCCAA